AUGGAGGAUCAACUUCUUUUGCCAACAGUCUACUAUAUGAUAUCCUCUCCUGUCUGCCUCGUUGCUUCGGCUUUGAGCGCAUUUGCUGUUAUUCUAUUAGUCACAAAUCAUGCUCGGCCACUGAGCAAUGAAAUCUUCCUGUCUUACUCACACGUCAUCUCCUCGCUGAGGAGUGGUCUCAGGAGAGGCAAACCACCACUGUUUCUGCGGAACCGAUUCUUGCACACGGAAGAGAGCAAAGAGACAAAGGACCAAGCACUGGGGAAUAUCACUGUGGAUUUCUACAGGGUCUACGAAGAAAAACAAAUUUUGGGCUUUUCCUACAGACAGUACAUCAUCUCGCAGUGGCGGCUGGAACGACAAGUUGAUUUCCUCAAUUAUUGGUAUGAGGGCCGGGUCAAUUUCUUCAUGGGGGAUGUUUACCCAUUUGAAGAUCCUGAUUUCUCAGGAGAAGUGAACUGUGCAACCCAAGUCCUUGAUUUCUCCUCGAGCUCCGAGAUUCGAAACGUCAGUCGCAUUUCGGCCCUGUAUGUCAAGAAGCUGUCCAACAAUUUGAAUGGUUGUGCGCCAUUUGACGUGCCUUUGGGGGGCUUGGGGCCGUUUGCUCCUGUGGCAAUGAUAGGAAUGAGCAGUGAUUCGUUUCUCUUUUCAUCAAACCUGGGGUUGCAAAACAUUGCGGGAGCCACCAUCACCCAUGAGAUAGGGCAUGUCAUGGGCUUUCGACACACAGCCCAAGCGGCAGAAAACGUGGCUUCCUACGUUAGCUGUUUUGAUCUUCUUCGGUAUCCCCAAUUCGAUCAGACGUCAACAGCAUCAACAAUCUUCAACAGUGCCGUCCUUCGCGAGGACAAAAUUUGGGAUGACCAGACCGGGGAACUAUACGAAUAUGACGAUUGGAAGGGGAGAACAAACGUGAUGGCUCCGUUGAGGCUGUACCAUGUAUUAGCACCGUGGGAAAUUCGACUUUUUAAUAAGGGAUACAAGAACGUCUUCCAAGACAUUGUCCGAUGCUGGUUCCUACAAGCAGCAGAAGGGUUCAAAAAUGAAACUACAAGUGAUCAACUCCCGACUCCACCAGAGAUUGAAUAUUGA